ACUCCACUCAUCACAUCACAUCACAUCACAUCACAUCACAUCCCCCAUCGCGCCGCUUUCUCGCUCGCAAUGACGAGCAUAUACGAUGCGCACGACAGCUACGCAACGUCUUCGCGCCCCGUAUCGUCCUACUCGCAUCACCAAGACGAUGAUGACGAGGAUCCAUGGGCUGUACCGCAUCAAAGCGCGAGGCAAAGCUGGGCGCCUUCGUCCGAUGAUGGUGAGGAUGAGGAGGAGUCUACCGCCGUGAAAGACAAGAUGCAUCGACGCAGGGAGAGCUCGCAGGGCACCAUAACGGGUCAAGGCUCCACCUCUCCGAUGAAGGAAUCCUCCCCCACUUCACCACUGAGCGAAGCAGCGGACCCCACUCCAGCACCCGCGCCUGCCUCACCACCUCCCUCCUGGAAGAGUCGCGAGCCCAACAGCGCUGUCCGCUCAGCAACGCACGGCCUGCCUACGACGAACUCGACGUUCAGAGGUGGGUUUGGGGACGUGCAGAGCAGCAAUGCUGUCAAGACUGCCACAAUAGGAGAGUAUAUAGCCUCGCCGCUUCCUGUAAGCGCACCGACUCCUUGGGAUGGGCAACGCGUGAGCAUUCGCCUGCGUCCCGAGUUGCAGGGAUUCGUAUUCAAGCACAAUGCCUAUGACGUGCGAAGGACAGCCGUCCUUCCCGUCUCCAGCUCAGCGGCAGAGAGCACAUCCGUCAUGGGGAUGGGCUCCUUCUCAUCCGACGCCCUCCUCGACCAAGCACGGAGACAACGUCGCGUCUCACCCACGUCACGAGCCACUGCCGCCUCCCUCACCUCUUCUUCUGCCCUCUCCGCACCAGCCGGCCCUUCCUCCCCCACCUCUUCCGUAAUCCGCCGCUACUCCGACUUCCUCUGGCUCCACUCGCUUCUCCUCUCCCGCUGGCCUUUACGACUCAUCCCGCCCUUACCCCCGAAGAGGCUCGGCAUGCCCCUAGUAGCGGGAGUGGCCGGCACUGGAGCCCUAGGAUCGGGGGAUGAUGCCUUCAUCCAGCGCAGGGUAAAGGGACUACAACGCUACCUCUCAGCGCUGAUGAGUCACCCAGUCCUCGCACACGACAAGCACCUCGCCGUCUUCCUGAGCGAAAAAGGCAGUAUAGCAGAUUGGAGGGCGAGUCACCCUGAUCCGGUCAUCGUAGAAGAGACGCUAGACCCGCGUUCCCCCUCCAACCUCGCCAGCGUCUCUUCCUUGCGCAGCAGCCCUUCGACUUCCCCGCCAAAGGGAUUCGACGAUGUCGUAGGUGGGAAGAGCCUGGAUGCCCUGACCAACAAGGUGGUCCCGGAAUUGCUGGAUAGGUGGACCAAUCUUGCGAACGUGGUCGAACGCAUGGCGAGGCGAUGCGAGGCGCAAGGACGCGAUGGGGAGCUUCUGGCGGAUCUGGUCGAGGGGGUCGCCGUUGAACGGAGGGGCGGAGGCAGUUGGGCCUGGUUGGGGGGUGCUCAGCAGAGGGGCGCGGAUGAAGGGCGUGAUGAAGAGGUGGGCACGCCGCCCAUUACCAGGCGUAUCGCAGCACUACACCGCGACCUGAGCUCCCUAUCGCAAUUGCGUGCGGACCAAGCGCUAGGAAGGCGAGAUCACGAGGGCGAGGACGCCCAGUCUGACAGGCAAAGCUUCGUCACCCCGCCGUCGUCCUCGUCAAACGGCCACGCCUUCUUCCCCCUCCUAGAACGCUUCAAGACGCUCCGCGACCUGUUCCUGUCCAUGCGCUCCCUUCUCGCACGCCACGCCACCCUCACCAAGCAACUAGACGACGAGCUCGCCGCACUCAAGGCGCGCAUCAAAGCCGGUACUGCUAGGCUAGAAUCCCUCCGCCUGGGCACUACUGCUGGUGGUGGUGGUGGUGGGAAUGUGGCAACAUCAGCGGAAGCUGCUCGCGAGGAGGCUACGAAGCUUCACGAGGCCUUGAGGCGGGACGCGGGGAGGAUGGAGGAGCUGAGCGUCAGAAGGGAGAGGGCGAGGCGGGCACUAUGGGAUGAGGUGGGGCUGGUGAGAGCACGAUGUAGCGAGAGGGCUGUUGCUGCCGUUUGGGCGGGCGAGGGGCCGAUGAUGCAGGGUGAGGGGAGAGGGGAAUCGUCGUCGUCGUCGUCGUCGUCGGCGUGGUUGGAGGAUGAGCGGAGGUUGAGGGGAGCGGAGCGAUUGGCUGUUGAGGAGUGUUGGAGGGAGUUGGGGCGGUGAGCACAUAGAUACCCGUGAGGAGAACAACAACAUGAUGACGAUGCGACCUCGAAUUCAAUUUUGCAUUCUCUCCA